GAAAAUUGUAGAAAGAAAGUGUGAGAAGGGUAGAAAUGAAUGUUCGGUACUAUUUCCCUGUAUCGGUGGCGUAUGAUUCCCGCGCGUGUUACGAAGCAGCAACAACAAAACCAACUAAUCACUCUCUUUCUCUAACCCUCUUACACCACCGUUCUCUUUCUCUUCCCUUCUUCCAAAACCCUAAUUUCCUCACGGGAAACACUAUGCAGCGAUUCUGCUCCGUGAAUGGCAUAAGUAAGAACAGAGCAAUGGUGGAGAGGUUGCAGCAUUUUGGAGUAAUCACAUCAAGCAAGGUGGCUGAAGUAAUGGAGACUGUUGAUAGAGCUUUGUUUGUACCUAGUGGAUCAGCUCCUUAUGAUGACAGCCCAAUGGCCAUAGGCUACAAUGCCACUAUAUCUGCACCUCAUAUGCAUGCUACCUGCCUUCAGUUGCUGGAGGAGAAUUUGCAACCUGGGAUGCGCGCUCUCGACGUUGGCUCUGGAACAGGGUAUCUGACUGCGUGUUUUGCCUUGAUGGUUGGACCCCGAGGCCGUGCUGUUGGUGUAGAGCAUAUUCCUGAAUUGGUUUCUUUUGCAAUAGAAAAUAUUCAGAAAAGUGCUGCAGCUACACUAUUGAAAGAUGGUUCCCUUUUUGUUCAUGUUGGUGAUGGAAGGGAAGGUUGGCCAGAAUUUGCUCCUUAUGAUGCCAUUCACGUUGGAGCAGCAGCACCAGAAAUUCCCCAACCACUUAUUGACCAGUUGAAGCCUGGUGGGAGAAUGGUGAUUCCUGUUGGUAACAUGUUUCAAGAUUUAAAGGUGGUGGACAAGAAUUCUGAUGGUUCUAUCAGUAUCCGGACUGAGACCUCUGUUCGUUAUGUGCCCCUCACUAGUCGAGAAGCUCAACUGCGCGGCUACUAAGAUGGUGCCAAAAUCUUGAAUUGUGGAAGGUUAAUGCUUCAGGUGUCAGUGUUUGGAACUUGAAUGUACACACAUGACGUUAGAAUUUGUACAGUUAAUGUUUGCUGAAUUUUGCAAGCUUAUACAUAUAUCUAUCAGUGGUUGGAACUUGGAUGUAAGCACAAGCUGUUAGAAUUUGUAAAGGUAAAGGUUGGUGCUCUUCUAACAGGAUAGAUUCAUGUAAAUCCCUUGCAGCAAUAAUAAUUUUGAUAC